AUGAAAGUGUGCAGCGGGUGGAUAGGGGUUGCAGGGGGGGGUUAUUGGCGGACCGCUGCUGGUGGUAGUGAUGGCCUGGUGUGGUGUGGCGAGUGGUGUGGUGUGGGGGUGGUGGAGGGUGGGGUGGGUGUGGUGGUGGGGUGGGUGUGGUGUGUGUGGUGUGGGGUGAGGGUGGGGAGGGUGGGGUGUAGGCGUGGAGUGGUGUGGGUGUGGUUUGGUGUGGGGUGGGGUGGAGUGGUGGGUUGGGUGUGGGUUGUGUGUGGUUUGAUGGGUGGUUUGGUUUGGUGUGGUUUGGUGUGGUUGGGGUGGUGUUGGUGUGGUUGGCGUGGGGAGGGGUUUGGAGUGUUGUGGGGUGGUUUGGGGUGGUGUGGGUUUGGUGUGGUGUGGGGUGGUGUGGUGUGGUGUGGUGUGGUGGUGGGUGUUGUGGAUGUGGUGUGGUAUGGGGUGGUGUGGUGUGGUGUGGUGUGGGUGUGGUGGUGUGGUGUGGGUAUGGGGUAG